UCUCAAGGAAACCUAACCUCCAAUUUUUCCCGCUUUCAAAUCAGUGAAGGCCACGUGUAACAAGAAUAAAUAUAAAAACGCUUCCCGACCGACAGAAACACAGAGAAACAAGGCACUCUGAGUCCAAGACGAGGAAGAACAAUCGACCAAGUAGUAGGUAGAAAUGGUUUCUGAAUUAAUAAAUGCGAACCCAAUCGUGUACGAGAAGAAAGAGCGUCGAGCUCGAAGCGCGCCGAUUGAUUGUCCGGAUGAGUACGCCGUCGAACCCAUUAACCAGCCUGAAGUUUUUGAUCAUAUAAGAGAUAUAAAAGAUCCAGAGCACCCAUACUCUUUGGAGGAGCUCAAAGUUAUAACAGAAGAUGCAAUCGAAGUAGAUGACAAGCAAAGUUAUGUUAGGGUCACAUUUACUCCCACAGUUGAACAUUGUAGUAUGGCAACGAUUAUCGGUCUUUGCUUGCGAGUGAAGCUUCUGAGGAGCUUGCCGUCUCGGUACAAGGUUGAUAUAAGGGUAGCCCCUGGAUCUCAUGCAUCUGAAGCUGCAGUUAACAAACAACUGAAUGAUAAAGAACGGGUGGCAGCAGCACUGGAGAACCCAAAUCUAUUGGAUAUGGUUGAUGAAUGCCUGGCUCCAUCUUUUGGUUGAAUUAUGUUGUACGUCCAUGCAAAGCAGUUAGAUGAUUAGUCUGUUGCAGCCUUUCCUAGAUAUACAAUUUUCUUUCCCCAUCUCAUAGGGGUACAUUUUUGGCUAUUUAUGUUGUGUAAUCUGGUAUAGACAUAAUUUGAAUAUCCUAUGAAUUUUUAUCCAGUCUUGUAAUGUAGGUGAUUAUAUUGA